AUGUGAAAGCUGCUGCUUUUCCAGAAGGCCAAACGCAAGUGUGAUGGGACUUUUUGUGCUGUGAAAGUCUUGCGUAAGAAAACCAUCCUAAAGAAAAAGGAGCAAAACCACAUCAUGGCAGAACGCAACGUGCUUCUGAAAAAUGUCAAGCACCCCUUCCUUGUGGGCCUCCACUACUCCUUCCAGACCUCGGAGAAGCUUUACUUUGUGCUUGAUUAUGUAAAUGGAGGAGAGCUCUUCUUCCACUUGCAAAGAGAGCGUUGUUUCCGUGAGCCCCGUGCAAGAUUCUAUGCUGCAGAGGUUGCUAGUGCAAUUGGUUACCUGCAUUCCUUAAACAUCAUCUAUAGGGAUUUAAAACCUGAGAACAUCCUCCUGGAUUGCCAGGGACACGUGGUGUUGACAGAUUUUGGACUCUGCAAGGAAGGAAUGGAGGAAGAAGAGACUACCUCUACGUUCUGCGGCACUCCUGAGUACUUGGCUCCUGAGGUGCUAAAGAAGCAGCCGUACGACAGGACAGUAGACUGGUGGUGCCUUGGAGCUGUCCUCUAUGAGAUGCUUUUUGGACUGCCUCCCUUUUAUAGCCGGGACGUGUCUCAAAUGUAUGACAACAUUCUCCACAAGCAACUCCAGAUCCAAGGAAGCAAGACUGUGGCAGCCUGUGAUAUCCUCCAUGGACUUCUCAGAAAGGACCAGAAGAGGAGGCUGGGUGCCAAAACAGACUUUCUUGAGAUAAAGAACCACGUAUUCUUCAGCCCAAUAAACUGGGAUGACUUGUACCACAAGAGGAUUACCCCUCCGUUCAACCCUAAUGUGGCUGGCCCAGCUGAUCUGCGGCACUUCGACCCAGAGUUCACCCAGGAAGCCAUCUCUGCCUCCAUCACCCACAUACCUGACUUAGCAGCCAGCAGCUCCAGUGCCUCAGAUGCUUUUUUAGGAUUUUCUUAUGCACCAACUGAAGAGGACUUCUAGAUUUUAUACAGGCUUUCAGAAGCCAGGUUUUAACUGAAUGCAAUUUUAUGUUUGCUGUUAUUGCUGUGGCUUUUCUCGUUUCAGUUUCCGAAAGGAAUAGUAAUGUCACUUUCUCAUGGUCUAAACCAGGGGACUAAUACACUAACUGGGUGGGAUGGAACGGAGCUCUUAGUUUGUGCUGCUUGGUGGAUUUGCCUCUAAGUGGGUGUUCCUGUAGCAAGGAAAGUGAGACACUAACAAUUAUCUCUGUACUAUUUGGUAGGGUUGUAUUCACCGUGGUUGUAUUUAUGACUAAGAUAUAUGUACCAUCACGCACAUCACAGCCACAUCUCUGGAACAGGUCAUUUCUAUGGUGUGGAGCUAACGCUGCCUUGUAACAAAGGGAAACUUCACAGCACAGCAGUGGGAAGCUCGUGGGCUUCUUCCUUUUGAAGUAGGAUGCGCUCAUCUGAAUGGCUGGGAAAAGGACGAUCUGAUCCCAGGAGCAAGGCUGGAGUUCAAGCAGGGCGGUUCAGCAAGCCUUCUGCGCAGGGCCACUACAAAAGCUCGUAGCUGCAGGCGUUCCCCUGCUCCUGCCUGGAGGUGCUCGUUGGAUUUCAGUACUUCAGAGCAGAACUGAGGAGCUCAGUGGACGCCGCUGAAGAAGCAGAGCCGCCUUGGUGGAA